GUACGUCAUUCACUGAUAUUUGAGUCACGAGUUUCAACGAAUGUUUGCUUCCACACAAAACCAAGCGAUCCAUCCGAGACAUCAAAGGCCAAAGGUCCCAUCGAUCCUCUUGGUGUCAUAAUAUUCAGAAGCCAUACCGGUAAAGAUGCGGCAAUCAGCACUAGCUCUCCUCGCAGCUCACCUGUCAGUAGGCUGGGGCAGUGCUGCUGCCUUUGUCCAGCCCAUCACUCCUUCAUCUUCCUCAAGUUCUGCCACCACCGAAUGCUACCGUUCCCACGGGCAAAUAUUGCGGCUUCAGCCCAGUUCUUCGCCCCGUUAUGUUGCUGUGGACCGUCAGUUUUCACAUGACAUCGAGGAUAAACAUGCAAGUAACAGUGCUUCUAAUGGAAGCAAUGGCCAUGUUCAAUCGUUGUGGGUAUUUGUGCACAGUCUACAACGAGAGCGCAGAGACAAGAGUUUGCUACUACAAAAACAGAAACAGCAACGGAAACCGCCGGUCAAUAAAAGUGCAUCUUCAGAGACUGCCAGAACCACACCAUCAGUGGACAGGAGGAAACAUCAUCCUGCCAAAUCUCUGGUAUCAUUUCUCGGCAACAAUCGCUUUCAGCCACCAUCCGACAACCAUCUGCUGCCUCCAGAGGAAAGUGACGGUCUCUCCCAAACUUCAGCCACCAACAAUGUCGAACCAUUUUCCAGAGCUGUCGUACAAGCUAUACGGUUAGCCAGUGAAUUGGGAGAUUACAAGUUGAUUCUACAUUUGGUCCAGGCAUCCAUUCACUAUGCCAAUGAAUACCCCAUUAUCAUGCCUCGUGUCUUUGGAGAAGCUAUUGAUGGAUUGGCCAAGACUUCUGCCAAUAGUGCCAAAAUCAAACAAUUGUGGAAUCUUGGUGCUUCGCAACAAGCCCAAGCCGUCUUGACAGAACCGCUGGGAACUUUUGAAUUGAAUAUCAUGAUCAAAGCCAUGGCAUCACGAGGAAAAAUUAGAGCCGCAUUGGACCUGUAUCAGGAAUGCACAAAUAACCAUCAAGACGACGACUCUAGUAGAAUUUCCCCAGAUCCAUUUACACUAUCGGCCAUUUUCACUGCUCUUCAAGACUCGAUCGUUGACGAUCAGGCAAACACAGCAACACCAACGAGUACCCCACAACAACAAGCGACAAAACGAGACAGCCCACCAUCACGAGCUGUAUGGUCGCAAUGCUGGCAGUGGAACGAAGCCACCCAAUUGCUUGAAUCUUAUCUCGCACAGGGAACAUUUCCGCCGUUGAACAAUCACGUCUUUUCUUCCUUAUUGAAACUGAACGAUCGAGCCUCGCAGGUAUAUUCCCCGGCAGGUCACAAUGGUCCCAAGGUGGCCCUAUCUCUUUUGCAUACGAUGCACGAGCUCAACAUUUCACCAGAUGUUGUCACCUGCACUCUCAUCAUUUCCAAUUUGGGAUUUCAAUGGAAAACAGCCGUCAAUAUGCUUUACGCCAUGAAAACGACAAGCUUGGACGAUGCCGAUAGAAACAGCAAAACGGUCGAUUCAUUGUCGUGGCAAUUGCCUCGUCCCAAUGUCUACACAUAUUCUGCCGCCAUUACCAAUUGUGCUCAUUGUCAUCAAUAUCAAGCGGCCAUGGAAUUGCUCCAGGAAAUGAAAAAUGACGACAGCAUUGAUUCGCCCAAUACGUGGGUCUACAACGCCGCGCUCUUGGCCACGACACGAAGUGAUUCUGUCAACUUCUUGCUCCCAGCAGUAGCAACAGAACCAACCCAACAUACACAAAAGUCACCCAAACAAAAACGAAGUCGAGAGAGAUUGCUCAUGGCCAUGAAACUCUUACGAGAAAUGCAACAAGAGGAGAAGAACGAUAAUUGCCGCCCCGAUACGGUGACAUACAACACGGUCUUGGCGACGUUGGAUGGUAUUGCAAGUCCCAUGAUAGAACCGCAAUCGGUCAAUGGUGAACUAGAGAACCAAUUUGCUUCCUUUUUCGAUGGGGAUCCAACUGUAUCGCAACAAUACGAAGGGGAUUACUUUGAAGAAAUGGCACUGAACCGUCUCUUGGAUGAAAUGCAGAGUUCCGAUAUCAAGAGAGACAGCAUCACGUACCGCAAUGCGUUGCUAGCGGUACGGUUCUCCAAUGACAUUGGGGCCUCCGUGAACCGAGUACUUGAUCGGGCAUUGUUAGACACGAAAGCUCUGAGUGCGUCACCCAGGAACAAUUUCGAUGUGGAACACGAUUCUCAGUCAAGCAAAUCCACGCUUACGACUGCUACAAGAGCGCGGCAAUUGGAUGGGAAAGCAGCUGAUGGCACGACGUUUGUACUUGAUACAGCCAUGGCGGUGCUGUCAUCUCGGGGUGAAGUAGAGGCUGUCCUUGAAGUAUUCAAUCAACUGAUGAAAAGGACAGGAACAGUUCAACAACGACCAAAGCCGAAGGUGCUUAUGGAAAAGAUCAGCUCGGCUCAAAUACACCUGGUCCAUGCCUUGGGCCGUGCCCGAGGAUGUGCUCCGAUCAUUCCAUUAUUCCUUAACGCUACCCAAGGAGACCCUGUUGCUAGGUUGGCUGUCCUGAAAGAAUAUCCUACAAUGGACGAGAAGCUCUUGCGAUAUACCCCAGACAGCGAGGCGCUCUGCUCAUCGGCAAUAUCCUCUUGCUUGGUGGCAAACGAUAUAGAGAAUGCACGUGCCGUGCUUGCCUUGAUUAGGGAGAAAGGACUCAAGCCUUCCCAGUUGUCUCUCCAAGAGAUUGCCAGGACAUAUGCCAGGCUUGCGGUCAACACUGCUUCAGACGAAGCCCGAAAAGACGAGGAAACGGACAAACAGCAUAGGACAGAUGAAGAAGUUUCCAACGACGGCGGUUCAUUGGCCUUGAUUAGAGCCAAGAAUGCUUACAACAUUGCCGUCAAAACACUAUCGGAUCCUCCAGCUAGCCUCCUUUCAACUAUUGCAAGAACUUGCGCCACGCUUGGUCUGUGGACGGAAGCUUCUACUGUUGUGAAGCUCCUCCACAACCGAAUAAAAGAAACCGCGCAGGAAAACAUGGGAUCUGCCGACGCGGCUCGAGCAGUUCUACCUGCAUUACACCGGGCACUUUUACGGGCAUCGUCAAUCCAAGGCAAUGUAACUGCAGCUCUGUCGUUUGUCGAUAGCAUUCAAAGGCUAUCAAAGCACAUGGCGUCGUCUGUCGAAAGCGAAAACGAUAAGGAGGAACUGUUCUUGUAUCAAGCAUCAGGCAGCAAUGACGACAACAAAUCUGAACUUCGACAAGGUCUCACCUCGACCCUAGCACGCGACAAUGCAAUGGAGACAGUUGGCAUGUCUGCCGAAGACUGGAAGCUGCUGCUGAUUGCUGCUUCCAAGAGCGGGCACUGGCGUGUAUGUUUGAGCACUCUUCAGUUUCUUCGUCCUUUCCUGGAGGAAACCCAUCCUUCUUCACUUGGAAGUACCGUGGAGGAACGAAGUCGACGCUAUGGGCACCUUGCGCCUGCACUGACUGUUGCCUUGAAGUGCUUAGAAAAGCGCAGCCAGUAUGCUUGGGCUGUGCGCGCCAUUGACGAUUGGAUCGAAUGGUGUGGCCGACGUCCGCCAAAAGAAGCCGUCCUUGCAGCCAUCCGAAUCCUAAGCAAACGGUCUCGAGGCAGUGAAGUUAGCAGUCUGUUGGCACGAUGUACUGUGGGCGACGGCGCGGGGCUCCUGUCGUACUCGAAUGACGACAGCAGUUACGGCUUGGCUUUGCACGUGGGAGCCAUCACAGCUUUGUACAAGGAAGGGAUCUACGAUGAUGCCGAUGACGUCUUCAUUGCUGCCGUGCGGGGUAACUUUUUACCAUUUGAUCUCUACAGUGAAGAUCUGGAUGACGGAAGAAGUCGAAUGAUGCUUGACUUGCACGGUAUGAAUGUACCUGUGGCGCAUUCAGCAGUCCGAGUUGCCCUCCAACAAGAGGUUGAAGUUGCCAGUUGGACAGAUCAAAUGAAUGCAACGGGCAAUGUGGGAACUGUAUGGGACGAUGACAUGAUCAUAGUGACCGGCCGAGGUCGCAAUUCCGCGCUGCGAAUGCGCCCUGUGUUACGACCAGAAGUCCAGCGGAUGCUCGUCGAAGAGUUUUACCCUCCAUUGAGCACUGCAUCCAUUCCGGGAAAUAUGGGCGCUUUGCGCGUUCCCGCGGUGGAUAUCAAGAACUGGCUGUUCCAUCAGCGACAGCAAAAGGGAUCACGUAUGUUGGCCGUUGCAUCGGUUUUGCGGAAUGUUUCUUCCAUUGAUCGCCUGCGACAAUCUAUUGCUAGGAAGAUUCAAGUGGAACAAGAGGAGAAUGCAAAAUUGAACAAUGACGACAGCGAGGAGUGAAGGGGUGAUUGUGUUAUGAUGCAGUCUUCAAAGUAAGUGUGCAUCUAAAACAAAAAAGGUUCCAUCAUCCAUGCCGUAGCAAGGUACUAGUAGCCUGAGGACGACAACGAUGCCUGUCAUUGUCACAAUUUGUUCUUGGACCUGAUACGAAAACAACAUCGUGUAUUCCGUCCGUGCCUUUUGCUACCGGGUUUGGGCCUGGUGUGGACUCGACUCUGACUUAGUUGACUGCCUAGCUAGUAAUUCAUUCUGAUACAAAUGCUAGCUAGAAAACAAGCAAAGUUUAUUGAGCUCUUUUAAAAUAGGCAGCCAGCAGGCAUUGGCGCCAGCACUCCUCCAUGCCA